UACGUAUUACGUCAAUGGUGGAGGUCUUCACUGGGAGGAGUUGCUGUGACCGCCAUUGUUACAAUUGUUCGUCAUAUUACGGAACGUAGUGAGAAUCCAGUUUAUCCGCAUUCACCGUAGCGCGUGUCGAGGCCGAGGAACUGUUUUCUGGGUGUAACUUGCAAGCGUGGACCACAGACGGAUCUAUCAGCCAACACAUUCUCAGCGUAGCAUGUCCACGAUGAAUCCCGAGUAUGAUUAUCUGUUUAAACUGCUUCUAAUCGGAGAUUCUGGCGUUGGAAAAUCCUGUCUCUUGUUGCGCUUCGCCGAUGACACAUAUACGGAAAGUUAUAUCAGUACCAUUGGCGUGGAUUUUAAGAUUCGAACUAUUGAUCUAGAUGGGAAAACGAUAAAAUUACAAAUUUGGGAUACAGCAGGUCAAGAACGGUUCAGAACAAUUACGAGUUCUUACUAUCGAGGUGCACACGGUAUUAUUGUUGUUUACGACUGCACGGAUCAGGAGACUUUUAACAAUGUAAAACAGUGGUUGGAAGAAAUCGAUCGUUAUGCCUGUGAUAACGUCAAUAAGCUGUUAGUCGGCAAUAAAUGUGAUCUACAUACUAAGAAAGUGGUAGAUUAUACAACAGCCAAGGAAUAUGCCGAUCAACUCGGCAUACCAUUUUUGGAAACGUCGGCAAAAAAUGCGAUGAACGUAGAGCAAGCUUUUAUGACAAUGGCCGCUGAAAUAAAACUUAGAGUGGGCCCACCAUCGAGCGGAGCGAGCGAUCCAGCCAACAAGGUGAAGAUAGAACACGGGCGUCCAAUCGAAUCUUCUAAAUCCGGAUGCUGCUGAGAAUAUAAUCUUGCGUCUCGUUUAACCAAAAACAUCUAACGUGGUUGCGGUCUGGGUACUGCAAAAUUAAACUUAUUACUGCAAGUAUAAGAACAUACAUGGAAGUUUAGUUUACCCCAACAAGAAAAAAAAAAGAAGAGAAAAAAGAAUUUAACACACUCAUGGACCACCAACUCUUCCUCGGAGUUGUACGAAACUCUUGUCCACCUGCCCCAAAAUUUCGUUUUUGUAACUACCUUUCUUUCCAAAGAAGAAAAGACGUGUUAAUCAACGCCAUUUUCUAGUAUAAAGUUCGACUUUAGAUCAAUUUGUCGAAUUAGUAUUGAUAAUGUCGAGCGAGUGUAGGUGUGCGUGUAAUGGGGAGGGAGGGGCAAUCGUGUCUUGAGAAGUAAAUUUAAUUAAUACUGCGUAUGGUGGUUAUUACGAUAAACACUUAUAAUUUUCUUUUUUAGCCUAAUUGUAAUAUGUACAAUAGAAUAUGUGUUUGGCUCUACAGCCGUUUCUAUUCCUCUAUACAAUAAUCCAGAAUGUUUUCUCAUGGUUUUCGUUUCGUUCUCUGUUUUCUUCUAGAUGUGCAGAGGGUUAAGUUUUUUUUCCUAGUAAGAUUCCAUAAGCAACGCUCCACCCUUUCCUUUCUUUCUCACUGCUCGUUAUAUAAAUAUAUAUAGUGUAAUUUAAUAAUAAUAAAUAUUUCAAUGCUAUAUAUAACUUGCAGCGCAUAUGUGGCGUACUUUUAUACAUGUACGUGUGUAUGUAUACAUAUAUAUGUAUAAUGUAUCUAAGAAAUGUGCUGCUCGCGUACACCCAAGCCAAACGGCAGAGUGCGGAAUCUUCGUUUGUGUUCUCUUGAAUUUUAUCGUUGAUCCUCAUCAUGCUUUUUUUUACACGAUUCAAAUGCGAUCCGAGAAUCCACAAAACAAGUCCUACAGACUAGCUCUGAUCGUGCGGAAAAGCGGGGAUAUUUUAUACAAUUUAAGAGAUAUUACAGUUACAUGUAAUCCAAAUCGCGUAGCUUUGUAUCGUGAGAGGGCUAUUUGUGACGGGUAUACGAUAUAAUGUGGCAUUCGAAAAAUUUAUAGAGAUAUAGUAACUGUAAUUAUAUGAAGUACGAAUGAAUAAACAGCUAUCUAAAUGGAAA